AUAUGGUUAUUGUGCUAACUUCACAUUUAUGGUAUUUCCGCCUGUCAAUUUUGGCGUCUGGCAAUUUUCCGCUUUUUGCACACUUAGUUUGUAGAAUUUCUUUGUUUAAAUAUUUUCCUUUGAUAAACUCAUUCAUUUUCUUGAGCAAGAGAACUUAUUAAAACAUGUCGAGUGAAAGUGUCAAAACAUUUGCGAGUCUUGAAACACCUGGAUAUGUGGGCUUUGCCAAUUUACCGAAUCAAGUCCAUCGAAAGUCUGUUAAAAAAGGAUUUGAAUUUACUUUAAUGGUAGUCGGUGAAUCUGGCCUGGGAAAGUCAACUUUAGUCAAUAGUUUAUUUCUCACGGACCUAUAUCCUGAAAGAAUAAUUCCUGAUGCUGUCGAAAAAACCAAUCAAACUGUUAAGUUAGAUGCUUCUACAGUUGAAAUUGAAGAAAGAGGAGUGAAGCUUCGCUUGACUGUAGUCGAUACUCCAGGAUAUGGAGAUGCUAUCGAUAAUACUGAUAGUUUUCGAGCAAUCAUUCAAUACAUUGAUGAUCAGUUUGAAAGAUUCCUUCGUGAUGAGAGUGGCUUAAAUAGAAGAAACAUUGUCGACAAUCGAAUACACUGCUGUUUUUACUUCAUCUCUCCUUUUGGACAUGGAUUAAAGCCACUGGACAUUGAAUUUAUGAAACAAUUGCAUAAUAAAGUGAACAUUGUUCCUGUCAUUGCGAAAGCUGACGUACUUACUAAAAAAGAAGUUUUGCGUUUAAAGAAACGUGUAAUGGAGGAAAUUGAAGCAAACGGAAUAAAGAUUUAUCCAUUGCCCGAUUGCGAUAGUGAUGAGGAUGAAGAUUAUAAGGAGCAAGUAAGACAAUUGAAAGAAGCUGUACCAUUCGCUGUGUGCGGUGCAAAUACACUUUUAGAAGUCAAAGGCAAGAAAGUUCGUGGUCGCUUGUAUCCUUGGGGAGUUGUCGAAGUUGAGAAUCCGGACCACUGCGAUUUCAUUAAACUCCGGACAAUGCUUAUAACUCACAUGCAAGAUUUACAAGAAGUAACUCAAGAAGUUCACUAUGAAAACUAUCGAAGUGAAAGAUUAGCAAAAGGCGCUCCUGUUCCUCCUCGAAGACAGACCAUUGUUGAAAAUGAAAAAACGGUCGGAAUUUCGGAAAAAGACCGAAUCUUGCAGGAGAAGGAAGCAGAAUUACGAAGAAUGCAGGAAAUGCUUGCUGCCAUGCAAGCUCAAAUGCAGCAACAGCAACCUUAAUUUUCCGAAAGAGGCUUUCUCCUUGCCAAGUGCCAAUAACUCUUCUUCGCAUCGACUUCGAGGCGAGUAUGUAAUGGGCACAAUGCGAUUGCGAAAAUCGGCGUUAUCUCGCAGAAGUCGGUGAUAAUUUUGUACCUCAGUAAUUGUUAAACGACAAAGAAGAAAACGCGCAAACAAACAUGACAAGCGAUGAUUGAAACGACUUGCUAGAGGCUAAUGGAAGCUUCUCAACAAACAAAAUCAGAAAAGUGCCUUGCAAAUUUUAUUCUCUUUUCUCGAUUAGUGUCGUUUCAAUCUUCUGUUCACCAUUUGUUUUUUUAUUUUAUUUUACUUUAACUUUAAGGGCAGAAUAAUAUUUAUCAUUAUGUGUUUUUUGUAUACUGACGACAAUUUUUUUAUCGCAAAGAAGAGACAAACCCGACUUACUUCUUUUUAAAGACUGUAAACAAUAGGACCUGGAAGAAGCUUAUGCUGAAAUAAUUAGUUUCUACCAGCGAACCAGGUAGGAUUGUAAAUAAAAAAUUUAACUUCAUAUUAUUAGAUUUCUCAGGACUGAGAUGCAAAAAAGAAAGCAAUUCCAAAUGCCUAAAUUCUUCCAAUUACUUCCAAGUAAGUAAUUUUUGUAAGUUUCGUGAAUAAUGUUAUUAAAAAUAAGGAAUAUUUUACAUUUUAAUGUACUAACACACGAGAGUAUAUUAUAUAUUUUUGAAAAAUCUCGCAAGAUAAACUCGCAUCAAUUUUGUACGCACUAUAUAUUUUGCACAAAAUAACCGUGACUAAUUAUAAACGUUUAAUACGAAUUUAUCAUAGUUUGUUUUUAUAAUACAUCAUUUUUACAUAUUUUAUAUAUACAUAUAUAGUCAAUAUAACUGUGAAGGCAAGUCUGCGUUUUUCUAU